AUCCAUACUUUUAUUGUCCUGCUUACUGGUGUAUUAAUAAAAUUUGUUUUGCUUACACCACCAUUUUAAACAAUCAACAACUUAACAACUUAACAACUUAAUGAUAAUAUUAAUCAAAACAGAUAGUUCUUUAUUAUACUGUAAUAACCCGAUGAUAAAUUAACACAUCUCACAGUUCCUUCAAUUGCUUCUAGCAUAAUGAUGUGGUUGCGAAAUAUUGCAAUAGCAUUCUUGUUUAACAUCGCGAUUGUUAAUUCUAAUAUAGAAGAUGAAUCUACUAUUUCAGAAGAACUCAUUGAGCUGUUGCGGUUAAAACAAGGUACUGAACAAUUUGAUAGAUGGGUUUCUACUCCAAUGGAUAUUAAUUUCAAAGUAUACGUCUUUAAGGUACAUAAUGUAGACGAUAUCAUGAAUGGAGCAACACCUAUUGUUCGCGAAGUAGGACCUUACAUUUACAAAAAAUAUAGAGAGAAACACAACAUAACAUACAAUGAGGAAGCUGAUACGUUAGAAUACGACGAAGAAAUGUGGUAUGAAUUUGACGCAGAAGCUUCAGCUCCACUAAAUGAGAACGAUAUGAUCACUGUUCUAAAUGUACCAAUGCAGGAUUUGUUUCAAAGUAUAGAAGAAACAUCUAGCCUUACAGUAAAUGCUACGUGGCCUAAAGUAUUUCAAGAUACAACUAGCUUGUUCCAUACAAUAUCAGUAAAAGACCUACUUUUUAAUGGAUAUCGAUUUUGUGAUUCUACUACUUUAAUUGGAGUUACAUACAUGAUAGCAAGAGCCCUUUGUAACAGUAUACGAAAUGAAUACGCAUCAGUAGAUACAAUAUUGAUACACAAUGAUGAAACGGUUGCAUUUUCAUUUUUUGGACAUAAAACUCGAAAUUAUGACGGUCCAUAUGCUAUUAAAGCUGGAAACUUAAAUAUAAAGGAUAUUGGAUCAAUUCAAACAUGGAAAAAUGAAGAAUAUUUGAAUAAUUGGCAAGGUGAAGAAAGUACUUGCAAUAAAAUACGUGGAACAGAUGGAUUAUUGUAUCCUCCGUUUAAUAAUAAAGAAACUAGAUUUGAAGUCUAUAAUCCAGAUAUAUGUAGAGUUGAAACAUUUCAAACAAAAUAUAAUUCAUCUUUUCAAGAUAUCGAUUCUAAUGUUGCUAGGAUUGAUUCAAAUCUAUUCUCCAAUGAAAAUAAUGAAGAGUGUUAUUGUAUGAACGCAACAAAACCUCCUGGAAAAUAUGACUGUUUCCGUUCAGGAUUUGGAGAUAUGUUAACAUGCAUGAAUUAUAAAAUUAUAACAUCAUUCCCUCAUUUCCUUGAUGCGGAUGUUGAAAAUGAAAUUAUAGGAUUAACUCCAACUGAAGAAUUACAUGGAUCAUCUAUUACGAUCGAACCAACUACAGGAUGGAUAUUAGAAGCAAACAGACGAAUGCAAUACAACAUGGUUGUUCGACCUAUACAAAACAUUGCUGUAACACAAAACGUGACCUCAAUGAUUAUGCCGAUUCUUUGGUUUGAAGAGAGUGUUAAAUUACCUGAUGAUUUGGUAGAAAAACUGAAAAAUGAUUUUCUAAGCAAGCUGAAAGAAGUAGAUGAGGAAGAAGAUAAUGAUCCAGGUGUUGGAGUUAAUUUAAAACCACAAUAUUAUCUUUUGUUUUGUAUUUGCGGAUUGUUUAUGCUACACUAAUUCAUUUACUCAUUUGUAUACUAUAUCAAUCUAGUAUUUCAAUAUUACUAAUAAUUUUUAAUCAGGUGAUACUGAAAUUUAAUUAGCUAGGUGUCACCGUCAUUAACAAGUGUUUUCAUCAAAACCAGUCACAACCUACAUAAAAUUAUCAAAUGAAUAAGUAUUUUUUUGUUAUCUCCACCGCAAGGAACAUAAAUUAAUGGCUUAAUUAUAAUAUAAAAUUGUAUUGCGUUGCAUCGUCGAAUAUGUAUCAAUUGAAUUUUUUG